AGUCCACCAAGCACCAGUGCAUGGUAACAUAACAUGGUGGCAAUAAGGCCGAAACGUACGGUGUUAUAAAUACACUGUACAAAAGUGGCAUUUCAAUGUAUUGUGAAUAAGAGUUGCAUUUUAAUGUCUGUGCAUGGCUAAAACUGGAAGAAAAGGGCAAAAACCCCGAGGAGAAAGGAAGGAUGACCUUGAAAGAAAGAGGGACGAGCGGGCUAAGCGAGCAGCUCUUCGCAAAGAAAGAGAUGUUAAAAACUUUUACUCCUUAGAAGACGAUGAGAAUUACGUAAGUUUCUACAACCAGUUGCAGGCAAUCGGAUUAAAGAUUAAGGAUAUACCAGGAGAUGGGAACUGUCUGUUCAGAGCUUUGGCAGACCAGCUAGAGGGGGACCAUAACAGACAUAGACAACUCAGAAGAAAUACAGUGCAUUUUAUUCGAGAAAACUCUGCUGACUUUGAGCCAUUUUUUGAUGGUGAAUCAACAUUUGUAGAUUACUUAGAUGAGCUUGAAAAGGAUGGCACUUUUGCAGGAAACGACGCCAUUGUUGCAUUUUCAAAACAUAACAAUGUUGAUAUUAUUAUUCAUCAGUAUAACAGCCCAAAGUUUGUAAUCAGAGCGCCAGUGAAUACCAAGAAAGUCGAGCUACAUCUAGCAUACCACAACUGGGAGCACUACUCGUCUGUCAGACAGCUUAGUGAUGUCUCUGUGGGGCCAGCCUAUUUACAGCACAACCGAAAACAUUCAAGCCAGCAGGCUCCGAAAAUUCAGGUAAAGGCUAAAGACAAAGUAACAUCAAAGAUCAAGGAUGUUAGCACUUGCGCGAGCGAAAAUGUCACUGAGGAUGAACGACUAGUCAUGGAGAGUACAUCAUGUCAGGAUACGGAAUUUGUAAGACAAUCAUUAAAUGACAACCAUGGAGAUGUCGAUAUCACGAUUGCGUACUAACUCCAGCUGGUGGCUCUUGAUGACAUCAGAGAUCAAUCUCAAGAUGCACAUGUAGCAGCUUGUCUUAAAGACGAAGCCUGUGCUUUUGCUGACAACAGCUGCAAAUGUGGAGAGCAAAUGCAGGAUAAGAAAGCAGAAACUGGAAGAGAUUCUCAAACAGAAAAGCAGCACAAGAUGCAUUUGAGCAACAGACAGAGAAAAGAACUGGCGAAGCAAGAGAAAAAGAAGAGAAGAGAAGAAACUUUGAGGACUCAGUCAGCUUCAGGGAAGAAAGAUCUGAAAACUAAUGACGAGAAAGACUCUGAUUUAGGAACAGUUGCCAUAUGAACAUCAGAAAUAAAUUUUCUUGAAGUUAUAACUUUUGGAAACCCUGGAGUAGAUUUAUGAUAAAAUAUGACCGCAUAUGCGUAGCACCGGUCAGUCAAUCAUUACGAAUUGUAAUUAUUACCAAUUUACGGCUUAUUCUGGUCUUUAGACAUGUACGAAAAACAAGAAGUUUCACAAAUCUGUGGUUGUUUUUGGAUCUACCUCUCCCCUAACUGAGAACAAUGGAUCUACACUCCAUUCUUAUCGUUCUUAACAUUUGCACUCUCAUAUUUCACCGCUUCUAUGUUACUCUAAAGCCUCAUAAGGCGGAUCUCUUGGGAACAGACACAAAAGUCCGACUUGUGCGUAGUCCCACUUACAACUCCUAUGGAAAACCGGAGCACGACAGCUUGAAACCAAACACAUAGCAUCGAAAUCGCGUCAAACUGACAUUAAUUUUGUCAGCUAAUUUAAAAAUAGAAUAAAUUAAUCAUUAUAAGCUGACGUUGAUCAUAUCGCUAGUUAUUCUACAGUAUUUUACCCAAUUCACGAAUGUGUUUCCCUUUGAGAUUGAAGUAUCUGAUGUAAGUGACUUCAGAAAAGGUCCGUCUAAUGCAAUAUCCGACUUAAAAAUCGAAUGGACUGGAACUACUCAUUAUCUUGUAGGAGAAAUUAUCACGCUGUGUGGUGAGUCCAAGGUCACGCAUAUUUCUACUUUAUCUCCAAAUGGAACGGUUUUCUUCAUGCUGAUCAUUCAAAUAUCAUUUUAUAACUGGUGACAGUAUUUAACAACGCCUUUUUUCAUUCAACAGGACUAGCGAUGAAAUUCAUGCCAGAUUGGCAAAAAACAGGAGUAAAAACAAUAGAGGAAAAACAUGACAGAACUUUUAACUUAACGUUUACGUCUUUUACAUUUAAUAAUAAAAUGUUCAUCGCCUGUUUUUUGUCCUAAUACUGUUUAACUCGUCAAAACGAUCCAUAGAAAUGGGGUCACUUUACUAACGAAAAAAUACAUACGAAAAAGCCAACUUUCUCGAUACAUUGUAAAACAAGUUUCUUUCAAAACAACUGGGAUUUGCAAAAUUACUUACUGUUCAAAGGCAAUUCACCGACUGCGACGUGAACUAAGAUAAUUGAUUUCUUAAUACAAUAUUUUAUCAUUGGUAAGCAGGGCAAACGACAAGCGUAUGCAACCCAACAUGUUUUGAUACGUUUAAUAGAAGACUGGAAGACUAGCCUUGACAAUGGCUAUUUCAUUGGUGCAGUCUUAAGGGAUCUUUCGAAAGCUUUCGAUUGUGUCCCGCAUGAUUUGCUUAUCGCCAAACUACAUACGUAUGAAUUUAAUGAAGAUGCUCUAGUUCUAAUUAAUUCUCAAAAGACAAAAUCAGUGUGUUCGGAUAAACAAUUCAUACAGCUCUUUUCAAGAGGUUAUGUCUGGUGUACCCCAGGGCUCUGUGCUAGGGCCAGUCCUGCUCAAUUUUUACAUAAAUGACAUUUCUAUUCAUAAAACAAGCAACGCUUGAAAACACUUUGCAAAAAAACAGAGGUUGCCCUAUCAUGGUUAGAACAAAAUGAAAUGAUUGCAAACCCUGAAAAAUUUUAUGCUAUAAUGCAUAGAAAAAACAAAACAAAUACUAGUGUUGAACAAAUAAUCAAUAAUGGUAAAAAAAUUUAUUCUGAACAGUCAUUGAAGCUUUUAGGAGUAACGUUGGAUUGCAAACUUGAUUUCGACCCACAUUUUGAAUCUUUGCAAGAAAAGCUGCAACAAAAUUGAAUGUUCUUAAAAGAUUAAAGAAAAGUUUAUUGGUUUCAACGAAAAAAGAUUCUUGUUCAGAGCUUUGUAUAUUCCAAAUUCAGUUAUUGUCACUUGGUCUGAUAUUUUUUCAUCUUCUAAAUCAUUACAGAAAAUUGAACAAGAAUGCGCCCUAAGUUUUAUCAAUAAUGAUCAUACAAGUUCGUAAAACGAUCUGCUUUUGAAUUCAGAAAAAUAGACGAUACUCGCUGCUCGUCAAAAAAUUCUGUGCAUUGAAAUAUUCAAAACAGUAAUACAGUUGAACCUACCUUUUAUGCAGAGUAUUUUUAAAUUACGUUUGUCAAAUUAUUCAUUAAGAAAUCCAAAUAACUUAGCCCAUGUUAGACCUAAUCCAACAACAUUCGGAUCCAAAAGUCUAAUGCCAAUCGGGCCACAGAUUUGGAAUGGCCUAUCCAACAAACUGAAAUCCGCAGAAAAUUUGAAAAGUUUUUAAGAAUCUAAUAAAACAAUGGGACGGACCGAUUAGCAAAUGUAGUGCCUGUCAGCUUCUGCCAGUGAAUGCAAAUUAAUCUUUAACUUAGUAUCUAUAAUAACAUUUUUGUACUAAUUGGUAGAUAUGUUCGAUUUUGAUUAGUUAACAUUGCAUAUUUACGUAUAAAAUGUUAACUAUUGUUUUUAUAUCGAAUUAAAAUGAAUUUACAACAACAACAACAACAAACAAUUUACAACAACUUCUCACUGCCACGAAAUCGCGGUGAAGCUGGCCCAUGUUAAUACAAAGGUACCUCCCUUUUUCUAAUGUCCACGCAACAACCACCUCCCUGAUCAAUACUUAUCUCAGUUCACGGUUCCACUUCCGUACGAAAGAUUAUCUUCAAUUAUCCAAACAUUAUACUUACCAAAACCGUAGGAAUAUGUAUUUAAAAUUUUCAUGCUAUGUGAAUAGCCUAUUCCUGAUAGAUUCCUAAAUCAAAUUUCAUUUACAGCCUAACAUUAGAAUUUGUUUUCUUUAGCUUCAAUGCAUUUUACAGUAUGUUACUGUCAUGCGCGUCUUCCUUAGAGGAAUAUGUUUUAACAUACGCUGCUCCAGGUCUAAAGACAAAAAGAUUUUCAUUUUGAUUACAAACAAUGUAUUCUAUCAUUAGUUAAAAAUUAAAUACACGAAAAAGCGUAAAAAUAAUCCCAGAUUAUGUGUAUAAAAAUUAUACAUUCUAUAAAACUAGAAUACAAAAUAUGUUUAAAAACCGUAUAAUUCUACGUAGAGAUUUUUACAUUGAUAAUAAAAAGACUGCUUCGAGAACUUCUGGGUUCAGGCAGAAAGAGAAGAUGCAAAAAAGGAAGUUUCCCUAACUUUUUUGACCUCGUGUAUCUUACUCGAAGCCUGCGUAUCAUAUCAGGCCAAUAAUUGUAGCGUACUGUAGUGACAUUUCUGUUAUUUAGAACCCUCCGUACAAAAACUCUUUGACUCGUCAGUUUUCAUUCAUUUGAUUCAAGUUUUUAAUGCUAUGCUCUACUAAAAAUAUCUUUAAUAUUCUGGCUUCCUGAAUCUAUUAGAUUCAAUGUUCCGUGGUAUUCUUGUACGUGAGAAACAUAAUAGUAGUGGCGGUAUCAACUGCGAAAUAUGUUCAUUGCUUAUACCUAAUAUCAUGGCCAACGACCCAUUAUUCUCUACAUUUCGCCAGCUGAAAUCGGCUGUAUGUUAAGUUCAUGUUUCAGAGCUGGGUCUUUUAUACUCUAUUCUAAUUUCAUUGAAC